AUGGAGAUAGAGACACCAUCAAGUAAAGAAGCUCAACUAGAGUCCAAAACCGCCGUCCUGGGCGAUGCGGAAAUAGGCCGUGAUCAUGCGCCUCUCGCUGAUCUAGAAGUUGAUCUUGCGACGGUCCUCGAGGAUAAUGAUGUCGAGUACUCGUAUGAAUCGCAUCGCUCUCCAUUCGCAGAGGUGAGAGCAGUGGUCCCAGAAGUUGACGACCCCGACAUGCCCGUCAACACACUGCGAAUGUGGUUCCUAGGAAUCAUCUUCACCAUCAUCGGCUCCGGGAUCAAUCAAUUCUUCUCCCUGCGCUAUCCAUCAGUGCACAUUGUAGCCCUGGUCGCCGAACUGCUCGCUUUUCCUUGCGGCGUCUUUCUCGCCAAAGUCCUGCCCGAUUGGACUCUAAACUUCGGCCCCCUGGGUAAAUGGAGAAUCAAUCCAGACGACAGAUUCAACGUAAAGGAACACACCGUUAUUGUAGUCAUGAGCAACGUCUCAUUCGGUUACUUCAGCGCCGACUCCACAAACAUCAUCCAAGCGGCGUCGGCCAGCUUUUACAAUUUUGGUCUCAAGACCGGCUUUCAGGUUAUGGUUGUGCUUUGUGCGCAGUUACUAGGGUUUGGGGUUGCGGGUCUUUCGGCGCCGUGGAUUGUUGAGCCGGCCAGUAUUAUAUGGCCUGGAACAUUGUCGAAUUGUGCCUUGCUGGAGAGUUUGCAUUCGAGGGCCAAUGUGGCGGUGGGGAAGUGGAAGGUUUCUCGUCUGAGGUUUUUCUUCUAUGUGAUGGUUGGGGCUUUCGUUUGGUACUGGUUCCCAGGUCUCAUCUUCACAGCCCUCAGCUACUUCACCUGGGUCUGCUGGAUCGCGCCCAACAACAAAAUCGUCAACCACCUCUUCGGCAUGCAAACCGGUCUGGGCCUGAGCCCCAUUACAUUCGACUGGAGUCAAAUCGCGUACAACACCAACCCGCUCUUGUCCCCCUCAUGGGCAGCUAUGAACGUCUUUGCUGGAUUCGCAAUUUGCUUCUGGCUCAUUGCUCCCAUCCUGUAUUAUACGAAUACAUGGUUUACUGCGUAUCUGCCAUUGAUGACAGCCGAUGUCUAUGAUCGGUAUGGGAAUUCGUAUAACACGACUCAAGUCGUUAGCGCGGAUUAUAAACUCGACGUGGAGGCGUAUAGGGAGUACUCGCCCCCUUAUCUGCCCGUUACAUAUGCCUUUGUGUACGGUCUAUCAUUCGCAUCAAUCACCGCGGUGCUUACCCAUACCUAUGUAUGGCACUGGGAUGAUCUCAUGGCCGCCUUCCGAGGCACCACAAGACUCGACAUCCACGCUCGCCUCAUGCGAGUCUACAAAAAGACACCCUGGUACUGGUACGCAAGCAUCAUCGUCGUAAUACUCGCCAUGUCAAUCGCCAUGGUCGAAGUAUACGAUACCCAAUUACCGGUGUACGGCGUCUUUCUCGCCUUUCUCAUCCCUGCAAUCUACAUGAUCCCCUGUGGCCUGAUUCAGGGCAUCACAAACGUAGACGCCAAUCAGAUCAAUGUCCUCAGCGAGUUUAUCGGUGGUUACAUGUUCUCCGGCAGACCGUUGGCGAACAUGUGUUUUAAGAUUUUGUCGACUGAUGUCGUGGGUCAGGGGAUUUAUUUUGCUAUGGAUAUGAAAUUAGGCCAUUAUAUGAAAGUUCCGCCGCGAACACUCUUCUUUGCGCAGGGGUUUGCUACGAUCAUUGGAGCCCUGACGCAGGUGGGCGUCACGCUUUGGAUGUUGGGUAAUAUUGACAACAUCUGCAGCCUCGAUCAAGUAGAUCAUUUCACUUGUCCCAAUGGCCGGACCGUGUAUAGCAGCAGCGUGAUUUGGGGGUUGGUAGGACCUAGUCGAUUAUACUCGGCCGGCAAGAUCUAUUCUUCCCUGAACCAUUUCUUCUGGAUUGGCGCUAUUACGCCAAUCAUCACCUGGGCGUUGUGGAAGUAUACAAAGAAGGAUUACUGGAAGAAGGUGAAUUGGCCAUUGUUUUGGGUUGGGACUUAUAACGUGCCUCCUGCAACCGGAAUAAAUUACUCCAGCUGGGCCAUCGUCAACUUCAUUUUCAACCACUGGAUCAAGAACAAGUUCUUUGCCUGGUGGACCAAAUAUAACUACGUCCUGGCGGCCGCUCUCGACACCGGCAUCGCCCUCAGCGGUAUUAUCAUUUUCUUCUGCGUCUCUUACCCAGGAGCAGUGUUUCCGGAUUGGUGGGGGAAUAAUGUAUAUGUAAAUACGGCAGAUGGACAGGGUGUGGCUUGGUUGGAUAUUCCGGACCAGGGCUAUUUUGGGCCAGCGAAUGGGACGUGGUCGUAA